AUGAAACCCAUGAGAUCAUUUCCGCCAUUGACCGGCAUUUCCCCCUACCCUACCAUUGCUUCGCCCUCUUCCAUGUAUCGUGCCCGCACAGGCACAAACCUCCAGCCCAUGCAGUCUCGUGACCACACCGCUACUUCCCAUGGCGAAGGGAUCCAUGGUGAAAUACGGGAGCUAAACUUGGGCUGGCGUCCGCUAGAGCCAGGAGCUCGCUGGCAAGUUCAGCUGGAGGCAAGUUCAGCGAAGACUAAUAAUCCGCUGAUUUCUGUGAGGUUUUCUUCUUCCUCGACGGAUGAAACACGGGAGGGAUAUGUUGGAGAUAUUUGGCCAUUGGUGACCUUCACAUCUGACCCGGGUGCAUGA